AUGCAAACUUUUCUAUCCAUCAGUAAAAUGGGCGAAGCCUUUAUCAGGGAGCUUCUCUCUCUGUGCCUUCAACGGAUUGCUGUGGAGGAAAAUGCAAUGAACAACACUGAACUUGGUAAGAAUGCAAUCUGAAUAGUGGUUGUGAACUUGUUGCAGAAUAAUCAAUGAAAGUUGAUUGCAGGUUUUCUUUGUGGCUCUACACAAUACAUUUUUGUUUCACAGAAUUAGAAGUCCAUUCUGCAAUACCAUAUUCCUGUUCAGAUGUUUAUAUUCCAUGGGCUUACCUGGGACUUAAAUAAGUGAACGCCCAGUCAAAUCCAUUUUUGUGUGUGCACGAUUUCAAUCUUGGCAUACUACUCCCCUAUGCCAUUUUGCUUUUGUUCAGUUCGGAACGUUACAGCCCCUAAAAAGAUGUGACCAGACAAAAGUGAGAUGUUAUGGCCAAACUUUGCAUGUGCUAAUUUCUUGUUAUGGUAUAUCCUUUUUGUUCUGUCAUUACACACACAUGGAACAGGCUUCUCUACAAUGCAAUUCUUGCUGCCUAUGGCGUUCAAAUUGGUGUCUGACACAAGCCUCAUCACUUUGGUCUUCUCUUUCUGCCAGAGUUUAUUGAGGUAGUGAAUAACUAUGAUGCCACAAGGAAGAAAUGGCUACAUGCAGAGCUGGAGCUGAAGAGGCACAAGGAGCUGCUGUUGAAAUCUGACAUAGCCCAGGCUGCCCUGGAGGUCAAACUAAAACACUGUCGCAACCAGGUCGAUGUGGAGAUUAAGAAGCGCUUCAAGGCCGAGGCAGACUUUCAGUACCUGGUAUGGCUCCCUUUAAGCUUGUUACACUGUCCUAUUGGAACUCAUGAUUUGCACUAUUAGAGGUCCAGAAUGACUUUCACAACGUCAUGGUAGGUGUCAUAUUCAUGACAAAUCCUAAUGUAGUAGCACCAUUUUAUCUUGCGUAAAACUUGUAAACUUAUCAGUGAUGCACUUCAACAUUCAUCAGUAAAUGCAUGGCUUGAUUUGUCAACGCGCACAAAUAUAUACUUUAUGCAGUCUGUAUAUCCUCCUUUAACUGUCAUAUUGUAUUCCUUCACAGCAGCGGCAAAUGCAACUGAUGUGUGAUAUACUGGUCCAUGACAGCAAGUCCAAUGCAUGUCUGAAUGAUGAGCAGAGAUCUCUGCUGGCCAACUUCAACCACAGGGGAGCCAAUAUCCCCCAGCACAAGAGCAAACGGUAUUACAUGUAUAGCCAUAUCCCAUUACUUUUUAUAUUACUGCUUUUUUUUUCUCAGUUGUAUUUUAUUGUUUGUUUCUUCUGAUUUCUCAUUAGAUUAUCUGUCAUCGACGAAUCUUCAUUCCUGUCUCACUCUGAUAUUAGUUAUGAUAGAACUGAUGAUGACAUGGUAUGAUAUUUUUUGUAUUUAUGACUGAACAUCCACAUUGAAAGCAAGAUAAUUAAAUGUCAAUGACCAUCAAAGCUGGAUGUGGCUUGUGGCUUGUCCAUGUAUCACUUUUUGAUGCGAACAUUUUGUUUCAAUAUGAACAGGACCUGGAUGUGACAGCCGUGAAACCACUUAAGUCGAGGGCAAGGGAAAAAAGGGUAAGAGUGGACCUCUUGAGGUUGAAGCUAUGAUUAUGAUGGUGCUUUUGACCCAUGUUCUGCACUUUUGGGCAUUACCAGCGCUCUUCCAUGGGACCAAAUGGAGGUGCUCCUGCGGGGAAGAGAGGAAGAGUAGGUGGCCACUCAGACGAUCUCCUCGAAAGAAGACCAGUGGAAAAGGUAAGCAGAGGCCAAAUAUUAGUGAUUUUGACCAAACAUACUUUUCAUAACCUCCCCAUGUUGCAGCCUUUUGUUUAACUUUCAUAAUAUGAAAAAAAAUUCACUGGAGUUUCAGUUUCAACCACAAAAAACUGACUAUCUGAAUUGUUCAUGUUGAAAAUUGAUGCUUAUUCCUUUGUUUAAAAAUGGAUGCUUUCUGGUUUUACACAAAAUCUUCUGCUAAGAAGUAUUUGGCUUCACAAUGCAAUGGCAGUCCAGUUCUCUGAAAGUUAUUUGAACCAGCUGGAGUGGAACUAAGGCCUUUUCACCGGGGAGACUGUGACUUGGUUCAGCAAGUCUAUUUUAAUCCCUAGGCACAAACACAAGGUUUUUAGUUAAAACGUAUACAUUCAUAUUAUCAGCAGGUCAUUAGAGCUUAUGUGUCUUUGAAAAUAAAUCAUUGGACAUUUUGUGGGAUAGAAAGAACCUUACUGGAUUAACAGAGAAUCGUUAAUAUACAGUUAACAAAACAUUAGCAGUUCCUGGUUAAACGUUUAUUCUGCGGAAUCAUCUGAUGUGUUCCUGGCCAUUGUCCCUGGACCUACCCACUUGGCAAAAACUGGUUGAAUCAACGUUGUUGCCAUGUCAUUUCAACCAGAAAUCUGUGACUAUGUUGAAUUGACAUGGAAAACUGAUUGGCUUUGAAAAAAGUCAUCAACGCAAGGGAAAUUCUUUUUUUUUUCCCCCACCCAACUUUUUACCUAAAUCCAAUGACAUGGUGACAUUUUUUGUUGAAUUUGCGUUAGUUGAUAACUUGCUCAACUAGGCGUGGAACUGACGUCUGUUCCCAGUGGGUAGUGGGUUGUCACCUAUUAGGUGGCUCAUUCGUCAGUCUCCAGGCCCUCUGCUCAGUGUCAUCCUUUCAGUGCACAGGUGGAAACGGCACUGGACCAUACCCAUUGUUUGCAUCCUAAAUGGCACGCUAUUUCCUAUGGUGUACUACUUCAAUAUAUAAGAAAUAGGGUGCCAUUUGGGAUGCAGUCUUUGUCUGCCUCGGUCACAUUCCUUCUCCUCCCACAUGCACUGUAGAGAUUACUUCACUCUGAGGGAACAAAGACAAUUCAGCACUGACUCACUCAAAUAGCAUGGAAUGAUCAGAUUAGUUUAUUAAAUACGAAUCGUUAAAAUGUAAAGCGUUUCGCUCUUAUUCAGGAAGUUGAGACUACGAUUGUGACAGCAUCUGUCACAACCCCAGAGAGUGGAGGUCAAAUUCACAUGGUGAUCGACAUCACCCAGGAAACACCUGAGAAACCAUCCAGGACUUACCGGAAGGAGCACCAGAUUUCAUCUGUUGGCGGUAAGGGAGAUAUACUCCAUAGUCGCUGUGGCUCAAGCAACGUUUCCCAAUUCCCAUUCAAUAAAAUUGUCUAUAUUUCUGUCCCUCAGAGCAAACGUCAGUGUGGACUCCCAAUGAUGAAACCGCUGUUGACCAUGAAACUACCGUGGAGCCUGACACCAUGACCGAAAUGGAGUCCACCACCACAGAGCCUAGAUUUAACCAGGUGUUCACUCCCACUGUUAGCAAAGCUUUGAGACACUUCUUCCUGUCUAAAACGGUAAGAACUGUUUCAUGGAUACCAUCUUCCCAUGUUCUCAUGUUUAGAAUGUGUAUGCAACUUCUAACCGUCUGGGCCCUUUUCAGGUGAUUCGUCCAGAAACGUGUGUGCCAUGUGGGAAGAGGAUCCGGUUCGGGAAGAUGGCUGUGAAGUGCAGGGACUGCCGUGUGGUAGCUCAUCCUGAAUGUAAACAGAAGUGCCUGGACAGCUGCUCUGCCUCUGCCUUGUGUGGCGCUAAUGGAUCUGAGGUACCUCAACUCAAUAUUCCUAAGAUUCCAACCUUGCUGUUUGUUCUGUUUGUUAAAAUAAAGAUUUCUCAUUCACUUGCAGGACACGUUAGAGAGCUUUGCCCCACCUACCCAGCCUAGGAUCCCUCAGAUAAUUGUUCAGUGCGUGAAUGAAAUUGAGAAAAGGGGAUUAGAGGAGGUAUGUUAUUUUCUAUCUGGAAUACUUUCCAUUCAGAUAUUUAUAUUUGCCUUGUUAUCAACAUAAGUUUGACUUCCUCCUCCCUCUGUUGCAGAAAGGCAUCUACCGUGUUCCUGGGGGUGAGCGUAUGGUGAAGGAGCUGAGAGAGCGAUACAUUAACAGGAAAAGGCCGCUCAUGCUCAGUAGAGUGGAUGAGAUCCACGUUGUCUGUGGACUUCUCAAGGACUUCCUGAGGAAACUGAAGGAGCCUCUCAUCACCUUCAGGCUGCAUAGAACCUUCAUGGAGGCCUGUGGUAUGUGUUCCCACACACUGUUCCAAAUGGCACAUAUGGGCCCUGGUCAACAGUAAUGCACUAUAUAGGGUGCCAUUUGGGACUCAUCCACUGUCACACCACCAAAUGGAAGGGACACUUGGGCUGUGUUUACACAGAGACCAAUUCUGAUCUUUUCUUUCACAAAUUUUGACAAAUCGGAUAAGCUCUGAAAAAGAGCUGAUGUGAAGAUCUGACGUGAUUGGUAAAAAUACCAAUUAGUGGACAAAAUAUCAGAAUUGGGCUGCCUGUUUAAACGCAGCCUUGGUUUCUCAAGUGGAGGGUAUACAAUAGUCAACCUCUCUUGAAUUCCUUGAGGUGCAUAUACAGUACCAGUCAAAAGUUUGGACACCUACUCAUUCAAGGGGUUUUUCUUUAUUUUUACUAUUUUCUACAUUGUAGAAUAAUAGUGAAGACAUCAAAACUAUUAAAUAACACAUAUGGAAUCAUGUAGUAACCAAAAAAACAAAUCAAAAUAUAUUUGAGAUUCUUCAAAGUAGCCACCCUUUGCCUAGACAGCUUUGCAUACUCUUGGCAUUCUCUCAACCAGCUUAAUCAGGUAGUCACCUGGAAUGCAUUUCAAUGAACAGGUGUGCCUUAAGUUAAUUUGUAGAAUUUCUUUCCUCCUUAAUGCGUUUUGAGCCAAUCAGUUGUGUUGUGACAAGGUAGGGGGGGUAUACAGAAGACAGCCCUAUUUGGUAAAAGACAAAGUCUGUAUUAUGGCAAAAACAGCUCAAAUAAGCAAAGAGAAAUGAUAGUCCAUCAUUACUUUAAGACCUGAAAGUCAGUCAAUACGGAAUGUUUCAAGAACUUUGAAUGUUUCUUCAAGUGCAGUCGCAAAAACCAUCAAGCGCUAUGAUGAAACUGGCUCUCAUGAGGACCGCCACAGGAAAGGAAGACCCAGAGUUACCUCUGCUGCAGAGGAUAAGUUCAUUAGAGUUACCAGCCUUAGAAAUUGCAGCCCAAAUAAAUGCUUCAGAGUUCAAGUAACCGACACAUCUCAACAUCAAUUGUUCAGAGAAGACUGCGUGAAUCAGUCCUUCAUGGUCAAAUUGCUGCAAAGAAACCACUACUAAAGGGCACCAAUAAGAAGAGACUUGCUUGGGCCAAGAAACACGAGCAAUGGACAUUAGACCAGUGGAAAUCUGUCCUUUGGUCUGAGUCCAAAUUUGCGAUUUUUGGUUCCAACCACUGUCUUUGUGAGAUGCAGAGUAGGUGAACGGUUGACCUCCGCAUGUGUGGUUCCCACCGUGAAGCAUGGAGGUGGUGUGGGGGUGCUUUGCUGGUGAUUUAUUUAGAAUUCAAGGUACACUUAACCAGCAUGGCUACCACAGCAUUCUGCAGUGAUACACCAUCCCAUCUGGUUUGCGCUUAGUGGGAUUACCAUUUGUUUUUCAACAGGACAAUGACCAAAGUGCUAUUUGACCAAGGAGAGUGAUGGAGUGCUGCAUCAGAUGACCUGGCCUCCACAAUCACCCAAUCUCAACCCAAUUGAGAUGGUUUGGGAUGAGUUGAACCGCAGAGUGAAGGAAAAGCAGCCAACAAGUGCUCAGCAUAUGUGGGAACUCCUUCAAGACUGUUGGAAAAGCAUUCCUCAUGAAGGUGUGAGAAUGCCAAGAGUGUGCAAAGCUGUCAAGGCAAAUGGUGGCUAUUUGAAGAAUCUAAUUUUUUCCAUGUGUCAUUUCAUAGUUUUGAUGUCUUCACUGUUUAUUCUACAAUGUAGAAAAUAGUAAAAAUGAAGAAACCCUUGAAUGAGUAGGUGUGUCCAAACUUUUGACUGUAUUGUAUGUCAAGUGGUCUUAAUUGCCUGUUGAGCAGCUGUGAUUGAUUUUCUCUGACUACAAUUGGUAUUGUAUUAACACAGAGCACUAGGCUAUAAUCACUGUGCAGAACCAAUGCAGUAGUUGACUGAAUAAUCUCUCGUGGACUACAUAAAUGGUACCGUAGAUCUGUCAUGAUACAACGGGAUGCAUGAGAUCAAGCGGCAUUAGUUCCGGUGCUUUGUAUAAAUCACGAUUUCGCAGGUGUUGGCAUCUUUAGAAUUUCGGAAGAAGGGACAUUUGGCCCAUAGACUUCCCCCGUAACUUGAAAAGAGAAAAGGUGGAGCUCUUCAUUCUGAUCCUCAUAUCUCUUCUUUUAACACACAUGGACCCAGAACUUAAUUGAGUAUCUGACCAAUUACGCAAUACUUUAAUUCUGAAUGACGCAAACAGUCUUCCAAACAACUUCAGAAAUUAAAAAACUAUCACAUUUAAUGAUCAGCAAAUACCUUAUGUUUUAUUAUGUGGCAAAUAACUUCCACUUAACCUCAUCCAUUCAGGGCAGAUGGUGAAAAUUAGUUAAGUCGCAUUCCCAUGUCCCCAGCACUUGAUACCUAGUGAUGUCCGUGGGAGACAAAUUCGACAUAAGUGGAAGAUGGUAUUCGCCCCUGAAUGUGCAAAGCAGGAUCUGAGUGUUGCACUCAGACUUAGUGAUUUCGCCUCUGGUUUUAAGCCGCACUAGAGUAUCUGAACGAUGCUUUCUACAUAAAGAGAAUGCAUUUGGCAGUAACUCAUGGAUUGAUUUUUAAUGAUCUCAAAAUCGCCUCGGAAACCUUUUAGGUAUCAAGUGCUGGAGACAUGGAAUGCGUUUACUUAAGCUCAUCCAUUCAGGGCAGAUGGUUAUUUCAUUGUAAUUCCUGACAACUCCUUGAUGACUGUAAAACAAUCAACGCUCAAUAUUUAUCCUAGCCCAGUUUGUCUACUUUCAGCAUAUUCAUUUCAAUCUUGUAUGAUCUUGAGUGAAGGGUAAGUGGUAAUUUGCACCGUGCUGGAAAUUAUCCAAUGUAAAUCAGUCUCUCUUGCUGCCUCUUAGAAAAGCCAAUUUUACUUUAGGACACAGCACCUCCCUUUUUGUUAAUUGCGUUGAUGUCUGAGGGAGCCCAGGGCUGCCUUGUCUAAUUUUCCUUGGCAGCCAAUAAUGGACAUAUGCUACAGAGAACCAUAAUUUCUACACUCGAGGCCUUCUCAGUCAUAAUGAAGUGAGCUAAUCAACUGAAAGAUUAUAAUCUGCUGAGGGAGUAUAGAUUUGAGGUAUAAUGUACUGUAUCUCUCAGCAUUGUUACAAUGUUCUUUAUCCUAAGGUGUCCCAAGAGCCUCACUGAUGUGUAUCAAUUACAGAAAUUCCUGAUGAUGACAGCGCAGCAAUAAUGUACCGGGCCAUAGGGGAUCUGCCUAAGCCCAACAGAGACACACUGGCUUUCCUCAUGCUUCAUCUACAGAGGUAACACCUAUGGGUGAUGGGAUACCUCUGGCUUUGGAGUGAAUUUUGGUUUCUCUCCGAGAGGGCACUGAUUUGCAACGUUGAACCAUUUUCUCAACUUGCAAUUCCAUAAAUGACGAGUUUCAUAACUUGUCACGAUAAUGGUAGUGAAGCAAAAUUGGACCACUCAGAUGCAGUUUAUUGCAUGAGUAAACAGGAAGUCUAUAUUCAAUAAGGGGUCAUUUCUUUAAUAAAAAUACUGCACACUGCCUUAUCUCCCACUGUAGAGUCAUGCAGAGCCCCCUCUGUCAGAUGGACAAGAACAAUUUGUCCAGGGUGUUUGGACCAACCAUUGUUGGACAUGGAAUGGCAGAGCCCUCCCCAAUGACCAUUAUGAGAGACACAAACAUUCAGCCAAAGGUGGGCACUGUCUUGUGCAUAAAUGCAAUUGAGAUCGUCACUAUUCCUGAUUUUAUUAUAUAUAGAGAUUAUUUUUAUGAAGUGCCACAGUAUUUCCAAUGAUACGGUCCUUUCGGUGCUGUAACACUUGCACUGUCAAUGUCACCCAUGGAGAUGGUAAUACGAUUUGAAUUCGGUGUGAUGCCUCUGUAUAUUGCCUCUUUGUAUUUGAUUUCAUCUCUCUCAGGUCAUAGGCAGAAUGCUGUCGUUCCCUGUUGAGUACUGGAAACGCCUCAUCAUGGUGGAGAGGGACCAAGUUAUAUCAUCAGUUGUCGAUGCCAACAUCAAUAGCGAGAGCCACAGCACAGACCGCGGUAAACACACAACCUGCCAGCAUCACUAAGCUGCUGUGCUAUCGAAAAACUGUCCAUCAAUGGUGACUCAACAGCCUCACCCAAAUAUCACCGGGGUUGUGUGUCCGCUUUAAUGUACACUAUGCUGGACUAUGACGAAGGCUAAAUCAUCAUGGUGCCUCUAACACGUAUCUACCAUCUCUUCAGAUCGUCUGUUUAAACCGCUGACUUCCCCGGAGCUGAGUAAAUACCCAAAGACUCCUACCAGUGGUUCCCUGAAGGGCAGAAUGAAGAAUGCCUUCAAUAAUACGUAAGACUACUUGAGUUUUUUUUCUUCUUAAAUGAACAUUUUGUAAUUUGCCUAAAUCGUUUUGUUGAUGGUAUACGACUGAUUUGCUAGCUUUUCUCAUUGGUUCUUGUAACAAUCUUGUCACUUGUGGUGGUCUUUUUAUUUUGCAGUAACAGGGCAAAGACUGACCCGGGCAAAAACAAGUUCUUUACUUCCCCCAACUGA